AUGUUUCAUUUAAUAACGAUUGAAGAUAAAGUUAGAAUACCACCUAAUCAAUUUAAUAAUGAGAUACAAACAAUAGAGGAUGAAAUAGAAAAGAAAUAUAGUAAUAAAGUAGUUAUAGAUGGUGGAUUAUUUAUUGCACUCUAUGAUAUAUUGGGAACUGGUGAUGCAUAUGUAUAUUCAGGCGAUGGUGGUUCACAUCUUUUAGUACGGUGUAGACUAGUCGUUUUUAAGCCAUUCGUAGGCGAGAUACUUGAAGGUUUCAUUAAAAAGUCAACAAGAGAUUAUAUGCAAUUAUCAUUAGGAUUCUUUGAUGAUAUUCAGGUUUUAGCUUUAGAUUUACCAACACAAUCAUUUUACCAUGAUGAAGAGAAACUUUGGUAUUGGGAUUGGAAUGAUAAUCAAUUGUUUUUUGAAGAUAGAGGUCGUGUUAGAUUCAAGAUAGAUACUGUCGAGUGGAACGAUGCGGUAUCACAACCUGCACCAAGACCGAAAUCAGCGACACCCGUCAAUCAAAUGGAUGCCUCUACACUGCAAGAGCAUAACAAGCGUAUCAAAGAGGAAGAAGAGUAUCUCAAGAAUCAAAAGUCACCGAUGGUCUUGAAAGUAUCGAUGAGAGAAAGUGGUCUUGGAAUGGUGUCUUGGUGGACACAAGCAGAGGGUGGCGAAGCAGCCGACGACGACGAACAACCACCAGAAGAUGAGAAUAACAACGACGACGAUGAUCUCAACGGAUCACACGAUAACAACGAAAAUGAAAAUGAAAACGAAGAAGAAUUAGAUGAAGAUCUAACAGAAGAUGAAUGA